AUGAGUAACAAUGGAGCGAAUGCUGGUUAUGGGCGAGAACUGGCUUACCUCCUUAGAGACAAUAUCAAUAAUAAAGUACAGGAUUUUAGAUCUAGGUGUUGUGAUAUGAUUAAAACAAAUGCAGAAAUCACGUCCACUGCGGAAUCGACUGGACGUGGAAACCAAUUGACAACAACAGUGAUGGAAACGAAAAUCAUUUCUUUUUCAUUUCCUAUAGAUUUUGACGUUACAUAUUUCUCUGGAAUAGACAAUAUGUUAUUCAAUCUUAAACAUUGGAAAGUUCAAUGUCGAAAAAGAAAUUCAGGAAUAUGUGAUAUGUACUAUAUUCAUGACGUUAUCACCGGUGGUAAAAAAUUACGAUCAGUUACAGAGGUUGUGAAUCGCUUACUUCCCGAAGGAUAUGCCAAGUUGGAAUCAAAGAAAAGAAAGAGAAAGGUUCAAAAAGAAAAACACGCAGAAAAAGAGAAAAAUGUUGCUCAAAGUUCUCUAAGCUCUUCAAAAUUUUCUCCUAAGAUUGAAGAUAAAGAGAACAACUUGGAAGUUAAAAAUAUGUGUUGUUCUCUAGUUAUCAAGGUCAAAGGAAACAAUCCUCAAACUGAAAAUAUUUUAUGUUCUUCUGAAAUCGAUGACAAGGCGAAAAAUUUAGAAUCAGAAAUUAAAUUUUGUCAUCUAAUGCAUGGGGACAAUGAAGAGAAUAAGGUUGUAAUCGAGGCUAAAGAUGAAGACAAUCUUGAAGUCAGGAGUGAUAACUUACUUUUUCCUAGUGCCUAUGUACCUAGGAAGAAGAGAAGCUAUAAAAAGAGGGUUCGGAAAGAAAAGCAGGCCGAAAAAGAGAAAAAUAUUUCUCUAAGCUCUCAAAUCUCUUCAACAUUUUCUCUUAGGAUUGAAGACAAAGUGAAUAAUUCGAAAGUUGAAAAUAUUUCUUGUCCUAUAGUUGUCAAGGUCAAAGGAAACAACUCUCAAGCUGAAAAUGUGUUUUGCCCUCCUGAGAUCAAGGACAAGGCAAAGAAUUCAGAAUUUGAAAAUAUUUCUUGUCCUCCAAUGUCUAAGGAUAAAAAGAACAAUUCAGAAACAGAAAAUUAUAUUUGUCCUAAUAGAAUGGACGACAUUGAAAAUAUUUUGGAAGUGGGAGAUGUUUCAAUAGAAAAUCUGUUAAACCCACAAGAAAUUCAGGUUGGAUCUUUGUUACUUAUUCCUGAAGUUCAACCCAUUGAUCAUGUUAAUCAAGGAGUGAUGGAAGAUAUGUUGAAAGCAUGUGAUCAUAAUAAUUUGAUAUUAGGGAAGGAUGACAAUAACUAUGAAGUCUUGCCUGAAAUUACCGAAGAUUUUUCGAAGUAUGAUGAUCUCAUAGAAAGCUUUUUUAAAUAG